GGAUCUUCUUGGCUGCGUGACCACGGGCUGCACGCUGCUCUGUAAGACAAUUCGCACUAUUUGGAUACUCCCUCGGAUUUGUUCUCCUUGUGAUUUCUUGCUAAGCUUGCUGGCUGCCUCCUUUGAGACUUGUUUAAAUAGGAUGUUCGGUCAGCACAAGUGUGGGGAAUUGCUUUUUAAACCCCCUACACAACCUUUUAAUCGUUUUGGGCUCAAAUAAAGCUCGCUGACAGUGAAUUUAGCCGUGCGUCUUUUUCCGAUGCGCGAUCACUGAUGGAGGAGCCGUCCCUCACGUUUGAUGCCGAGAGGAACUAGGUGUCAUUAGUGGAGGAGAAGAAAACCCGCGGAGCUGCGAGAGGAGAAGCAGCAGGAGGAGGAGGAGGAGGAGGAGGAGGAGGAGGAGGAGGAGAGAAGUUAGCGCAACGUCUUCUUGUGUGGGAUGGACAAUGGAAAGAGCCUCUACGCCGUUACAAUGAGACGAGUGUGGAUCUGUGCGCUGCUUUUGAGCAUCACCUGCCGAUUGAGCCUCUCGCAGGAUCUAGCAGGAAGUGCCAGUGAGGCCGAGCUCAAUAACAACAUUACCAUAUUCACUCGCAUCCUGGAUGGACUGUUGGAUGGGUACGACAACCGACUCCGCCCCGGACUGGGAGAAAAAGUGACAGAAAUCAAGACAAAUAUCUUUGUCACCAGUUUUGGUCCAGUAUCUGACACUGAAAUGGAGUACACCAUAGACGUGUUCUUUCGUCAGAGCUGGAAAGAUGAGCGUCUGUGCUUUAAGGGCCCCAUGAAGCAGCUUGCUCUCAACAAUCUACUGGCCAGUAACAUUUGGACCCCCGACACCUUCUUUCUCAAUGGGAAAAAGUCCAUUGCUCAUAAUAUGACCACUCCCAACAAGCUCUUGAGACUGAAUGAGGACGGGACGCUGCUGUACACCAUGAGGCUAACCAUCUCAGCAGAGUGCCCCAUGCAACUGGAGGAUUUCCCUAUGGAUGCCCAUGCCUGUCCGCUUAAGUUUGGGAGUUAUGCGUACCCAGUCUCUGAGGUGGUCUACAUUUGGACGGACGGAGCUGCAAAGUCUGUGGUGGUGGCAGAGGAGGGGUCUCGCCUCAACCAGUACCAUCUGAUCGGACAGACAGCUGGGACAGAGGACAUAUACACCAGCAGAGGGCAGUACACAGUGAUGAUGGCUCAUUUCUACCUGAAGAGGAAGAUCGGUUACUUUGUGAUCCAAACCUACAUGCCCUGCUUCAUGACUGUCAUUCUGUCCCAGGUCUCUUUUUGGCUCAACCGUGAGUCUGUCCCGGCACGCACAGUCUUUGGUGUGACCACUGUGCUGACCAUGACCACUCUGAGCAUCAGCGCUCGGAACUCCCUUCCCAAAGUGGCCUACGCUACAGCCAUGGACUGGUUCAUUGCGGUGUGUUACGCUUUUGUCUUCUCUGCACUCAUCGAGUUUGCCACAGUCAACUACUUCACAAAGAGGAGCUGGGCCUGGGACGGCAAGAAGGCCAUGGAGGCACAGCAGCCCAAGAAAAAGGACCAUCUGGCUUUGUCAAAGAAACCCAACAACACCUGUUCGACUGGAGUGAACUACACAGCCAACCUGACAAAAGACGCCUCCAUCUCCACCAUCUCCAACAGCACAGCAGUUCAGCUCAAACCCACCGAGUCCAAGGCCCCUGACCCCAAAAAAACUUACAACAGCGUCAGCAAGAUCGACAAGAUGUCCCGGAUAGUGUUCCCCGUCCUGUUUGGGACCUUCAACCUGGUCUACUGGGCCACAUAUCUGAACCGGGAGCCCGUCAUCAAAGGAGCUGUUUAAAAUGCAGCUUAUACGCAAUCAGAAUUCAAUCUGGUGCCAAGCACUUACAGUAGACAUAGAGUUUUAUAGGAACUGUCUGUUUCAUUGCAUGUGUAAUGCUCUGAGAAAUGUCACCAUUGUUUGCCUUGAGUUUGUAUAUUUAACUAAUUCUGUUUAAUCCACUAAAAAUAGGUUCAACAAAUUAAUGAUUUACAACCCCAUAUGUGACAAAGUUGGAAUAUUGAUUGAAAUGUUGUAAAAAAGAGAACACAAUGCUUUGUAAAUUUACUCGUAGCUUUUCUAGAAUUUGUGUUUGCACCUCAACUGUUUCACAUGUGAAACUAUGACAUAGAAAUUAUACCAUGAUUCUUCAUAUAAUUUCAACACUUUCUUUCAUUGUGAGUAACUUGAGCAUUGGAAAUUUACAUAUCAUUGCAUCCUGUUUCUCUGCUUCUUAGCAUCUUGGCAUUUGGUAUUUACAUUUUUUUAAACAAUUGGUUAGAUUGUACAGCGAGGCCAAAUGCUAUGCAAAACACUAAAACUCAAGCUUAAACUCAACCCCGGCUUUGAUCUUUGUAUCAUGUACUUGUAACUUAUGUGUUUUUGUACAAAUUUGAGGCUGGAGGUCGGGCUGUGCUUGGACCGUGGCAUGUGGGACUUUCUCGUCAAAAGCAGCAGAAAUAAGAAAAUAGCCAUGCUUAAAAUGUGUUGCCUUCAGAGUGUGAGAACUCAUUAUGAAUGCACUGAAAUCUCCAGCAAUUACUUUUUUCAGAAGCCAAUUCAUAAUCUAUAUUCCCUUUUUAUUGUACAACAGCUAGGAUACCAUGUUAUUUUAUAUUGAUGGAUAAUAAGGGACUGUAUGUAUGUAAUUUAAUGUAUAUAGGACCAUCAAUCACCAUAAGGCCAGUAAGUUUUGAUUCUGUCUCGCAAAUGCAGCCACAGUGUAACUCAGUCUAGUGCUUCAUUGAUGGAUGUUGAGACAUGAGUAUUAUCGCUUGAGCUUUCGCAGAUUUGAUGGUAAAUGUUAUGUUUUUUACUAGUAGUUUGAUUUAGAAUUUUGUUUUUAUAAGCUUUGAUGAAAAUACAGUAUUUAUUUGACAUACUUUUGUUUUUGUAUAAUGAAACUGUACUUCUAUCCUCAGAAACAUUUGUAACAAUUUACAUCCAUGUAUCAUUUUAAAAACUGCAUGUAUUAUUUUGACAGGAAAAACAUGAUAGUGCUCAAGGCUAGCAAUUCUGUAGCUUACUUUAUCUUAGCAUAAAGCAAAUGUCUGUAUGGAUGUCAUAGACCCUUUUAUGGGCCACUUUUAGUGUGUGACACAUUUUAGGUGAGAUAAUUAACAUUUGCCACCAGAAACCACAUUGUGCAUGAAGAGUAACCACACUUCUUUUGUUGAUAAAUAUUGUGUUGCCUUUUGUUAAUUUUGGCAAGAAUCCAUGUAACUACAACAUUUCUCCUUGCAGACCAGAGGUGGAUGAUUGUGAGAUUCCAGAUUAUUAGCUCAGUUCAGGUUACUUAAAAAUAUGUUUGUGUUAUGUUCAAAAGUGUAAAGUCUUUUAGGUUAAAUAAGUACAAAAUGGGAGUUACAAUGGAAAAUGUAUCAUUUUGGUUUAAAAUGAUAACGAUAAGGCACUGGUCUGAUAGUUUCAGUUUGCUCCCUUGUACAAAUUAAUGGGAAAGAGGGCUACUUUGUAUACUAAUUAUUAUGCUAAGCUAAAGUGACUUGCUAGCUUUUGUUGUGUUGAGUCUACUUUAAAAUGUACUUCAGACCCGCAUGAUAUUUUCAAUAAAAUAGCUUACCUUGAACUUAACCCUCUCUCUCCAUGGCCUGCCACUAUUUAUACAACGUUAUAGUGUCCUGGCAUUAAUACAUUGGUUUGAUUUUAUGAACGAGCUGUCUUAAAUGCAAUUAUCUAAAGCAAUAAUGCCCAUUUGAAUGAUAACUUCUGUUUUUAGAGUCAGUAUUAUAACUUUUUCAUGAGAAGUCCAACUUGGUGAUUGUCUUUUCUAUGUACUCAUUAGACAGUAUUGAGUUAAUACAUUUUUCUCUACAUUGUUUCUGCAUACUAGACUUCAAAUAAAGCUUUAUCAUCAUUUCUCUUC